CUGAGAUCCACUACUUUUAGCCCAUUAAAGCAAAGCCCACGAAAGUAAAAUUCUUCUUCUUCUCCUUCUUCUAGGGUUUUGGGAAUUUGGAGUGGCAAAGCAGAGAUGGCCAAGUUCAACGAGGUGCAGAAGAAGAGGAGGGCGCUGGCAGCGGAGAGGAAGAGGACGGUGCAUGGAGACGCGUUGACCGGGAAGCUCAAGAACAAGCAGCAGCCUCUCUCCAUCUCCGGCAAGCGCAAGCGCAAGCUCUUCAAGAAAUGGCGCAGAGAACAAAAGGAGGCGUUGCAGAAGGGGCUCGUCACCAUGCAAGACGUGGAAAUGGCCGUGGCCGAAGGCGAAACGGGUACUUCGGAGGAGACCAAAAAAACUUCAACAAGAUUUCAUAUGAAGAAGAGCUUGAGGCUUAAACAGUUGAAGCGCAGAGGCGGGGGAAAGAAGAAGCAGAGUAAGGCUAAGUCAGCGCCUGACGCUUCGGUCGAUUCCAUGGUGGAGUAGCCCAGCCAAGAUGAUUCAGAAAGAAGAAGAAGAAAGUAAGAGUAGAUGGGAUUUCAAAACCCAAGUCGGGGUACCCGAUUAAAUGUGGAGGAAAUGCAGAUGGAAGUGCACCUCUCUCUAUUUGAUUUGGCCUCCCGCAUUAACUAACAAGCUUUUGCUAUGUCGUAUGAAUACAUGCCGUUCUUUUUUUUGGGUUUA